UAGGCUUAUCGUUAAGUGACGAAGGAAUAUUUCAUACCAAGGCAAAUCAACAUCGAAUGUAGGUAUAUACCUACCUACCUACUGGUCACUUGCCUUCGCUGCCGAUACCGACCGACCGGUAAAUUCAGGACAGGCUAACGGAUGGUGUUGUCCGCCGGAGCGGCCCACGCCCAAGCUAAGAGGACCCGGGGACCCGUCAGCGGCGGCCGACCGGCCGGCCCGCCAGAUCAGUCACCGCUUAUCUCUCAAUUCGGCCGCGGCGGUCCAGUCCGCUGGCCGACCGGUGCGAUUUCUCAGUGGAUCUGUGAGCAUUUCUCAGCGGCUAUCGGCCGAUCGGUGCCGCGCCCCCGUCACCCCUCUCACUCUGGGGGAUGAGCGGUGCGUCUGGGGCGCCAUUUUCGCGUGGCUCUGCGGCCGCCGAUCGGCGGCUAUCUCAGCCAAUCGGCGCCGGGCGGCUCGCGGCGGCGUAAGCCGGGGGCGGUGGCGGCCGCAGCGGCUACCGUCGGCGGCCGCCGCCGCGCUCCAGUCUGCCCCCGCCCGGCCGGCACGCGGACGGUCGCCUCUCCUCUCCGGCGCCCAGAUGACGUCACCGGUCGACUCGCCGGCCCGCCUGGCCGCGCUCGAGUCGUACCUGGCGCUGCGCUCGCACUGCCUGCUCUCGGCGUUCGGCUCCGUCUCGGCGGCGCUGGGCAGCUCGGCCGGCAAGUUCGACUUCAGCCGACUGGCCGAGUCGGCCACGGAGCCGGUGCCGCUGCUGCCGCCGCUGCUGCCGGUGCUGCCGCCGGCCGGGCCGCUGGCGCCCGGGCUGCUGGCCGGCCUGCGCCUGCCGCCCGCUCGCCGCCCGCCGCCCGCCGGCCGCGGCCGACCCACCCGGCCCAAGAAGCAGUUCAUCUGCCAGUACUGCCAGCGCGAGUUCAGCAAGAGCUACAACCUGCUGAUCCACGAGCGGACGCACACGGACGAGCGGCCGUUCCCGUGUGACGUCUGCGGGAAGGCGUUCCGCCGGCAGGACCACCUCCGAGACCACAGAUACAUCCACGCCAAGGAGAAGCCGUUCGUCUGUGAGGUAUGUGGUAAGGGCUUCUGUCAGUCGCGCACUCUGGCGGUGCACAAAAUCCUUCACCUGGAGGAGUCGCCGCACCGCUGUCCCACUUGCGGCCGCAGCUUCAACCAGCGUUCCAACCUGAAGACCCACCUGCUGACCCACACGGACAUCCGGCCGUACAGCUGCCCCGACUGCGACAAACUGUUUCGGCGCGCGUGCGACCUGCGCCGACACGCGCUCACCCACUGUCUGGGUCCGCAGCAGGGGGGCGAGGGAGCCGAGCGGGAGCAGCAGCUGCCCGGCAGUGGGGAGCAGCUGCCCGGCAGUGGGGAGCAGCUGCCCAGCAGUCAGCAGCACCUACCCGGCAGUCAGCGGCAGCUGCCCGGCAGUGGGGAGCAGCAGGAGCAGAGACCCGGGGCUGACCGGCGCGGCAGCGGCUCCCAGGAGCAGCGGCUGGACACACAGUUCAGCUGA